UUGAUGCCGUGAAACAUGACAUAUGAUUUGUAGUGGACAUGUUGUAUGACAUUCAUAUGACUUGUCUGAUGUGUAAAUUUUAUGCAAAAAUAUAUAAUUUGGAGGGGAAAUUUUAUGUUUCUGAGUUAUUUUAAGAGUCCAGAAAUUGGUUUUAGGUGUUUUUUCUAGUUUUCUAACGAAAAAUUGCUCAUUUUUUGCAAUCGGAUGUUAGAGAUAUCUCAUAUGACUUACGUAUAACGUAUCAUAAGACUUUUGUAUGACAUGUCUUACGUAUAUUUUAUGGAUUUUAUCAAUUUUAUGCAAAAAUUUAUGUUUUAGAGAAGAAAUUCUAUUUUUUUGACCUUUGUAUGAGACUUUUUGAUGCGUUUACAUAGUUUUUCUCGUUUUCUGAAAGAAAAUUUGGAAAAAUAAAAAUUAAUUGCAAAAUUAUUGUUUCCGCCAAAUUUCUGCGCGGCGCUAGUGUUUUUGGAGAAAAAAAGUGCAAAAAUGGUGGAAUGCUGACGCUGUGAAGAAAAUUCACAAUUUUCGGUGGAAAAUGGCAAUGUUAUGUUUUCUCUUCUUGCCGGACUUGAAUCAACACCAAAGUAUUCCGGAAAAUACUAAAUAUCAUCAAGGCAACGACAUCAGUUGUGCAUAAUCUUCUGUUGAGGUGAAAAAGGAAGAUGUUGGAGCUGCUGCGGUGCAGCAACCGGAAGCAGCUGUUAAGGAGAAUGGUGUACAAAAGCAGAAAGGUCAAGAGCAAAAGCCGGAGGCAACAGGAGCAGCAAGUUGAGGAAGGUGGAGAACCCAAUAAGGUGAAGGAAGCUGCUCUGGAGGCAAUUGAAACGCCUUCUAUGCCUGAAAAGCAGGAAGAGAAGAAGCCAAAAUCGACUGUUAUUGGUAACGACAAUUGAGGAGAACCUUUAGCAAUUGGGUAUGCAGCAAACAAUUCUGGACAGGCAGAAUUCUCUGAGCACAAUUUUUGUCAACUACUUCAAGGCGACUCUCUACCAUCGUGUGAGAGGUGUCACCUUUCGACGUGUCCUGGCAGAGCAGGGCUUCGACAUGACAAAGUUGCAGAACAUCUGACGGAAGGAGAAACUCGGUGAUAUUAAAGAUGUCAUUGUGGAGCUGCGGGAACUCAAGGAGGAUGACAAGGAGUUAACGGAUCUCCUUGAUUGUCAUUUUGAUCCGGAGUAGCAGCCAAUUAGGUCAGUGGAAGACAAACAAGAGACGCUUCCAGAGCAGACUAACUUCGAGGAUUUUACCGAGGAAGCAAAAAUCGUCAUUAAAAAGGGCAACAAUCAUCAGGGUGGUCGCAAUUAAUGUGGAACCGCAAUUAAUGUGCCGUGCCGGGUGAUAAACACUGAAAGUAACGCGGAAUGACAAAAAAGAUUUAAUGAGCAAAUAUCUGGAAAGCCAGCCACCUAGAUUAGGAAAACUUACGAGAAAGUAAGGAUGUCUGCCUAGACAGAGUCAGCAGCGUAUACUGCAAAAAAAAACCUUCCAAAAGCCAAGGCUGCUCGAGAACGGCGCCCCCCAGUACCCCCCCCAGUGGAGGAGGAGGACGCAGAAUACGUGGAGUACGCUGAGUGAGCCGUGUGGAUAAAUAAAAAAAAAGUGAAAAAAAAGAAAAUCUUUUAUUUAACAUAUUGUAUGACUAUCAUACAACAUGUAGUAUAAAUUGUCAAUCAACACGUUAUAAAACCAUCAUACAACAUGUUAUAUGUCUGUCAAUUAACAUGUUGUAUGACUAUCAUUAGACACGUUAAUUGACAUUUGCGUGUCGUGUCUAAUUACAAUCAUACAACAUGUCCAUUGACAAUUGUACAACAGUUAAUAUAACAGUUUAAUGACAUAUUGAUUGACAUUCAUACUACGUAUUGUAUGACAGUCAUACAAAAUGUUGUAACCGGAAGUAAAACAAACCUAUAAACAUGUUGUAAGAAAGUCAUAUGACGCACAUGCAAAAUUGUCUAAUGUUGUCAUAUAACAGUCAUAUGACAAAUCAUAUGAGAUUCUGUGACGGAAGCAAUGUAAAUGUCUCUGAAAAAGUUGUACUUUGUCAGGUAGACAAAAAUCAAACAUGUCCGAUAUUUGUCCAGUAACAUACCCAACAUGUCGUAUGACAAAUAUUAACGAUAUCAUAUGACAUGCGGUAGCGGGUUUCCAGGAAGGCAGAUCCUCACGCGGGAUGGAGUUUCCAGUGGAGGAAAUUAAUUUUGCCAAUGUGGUCGUGAAGGAGGAAUACUGCGCCCCAGAAACUGAUAACAAUGACUCUGAAUACUGGACUGGGGAAAGCCCCGAUAUUAAGCCAACAGUUGAUCCUCUGAAGCAGGAAAAUGAUUGGGAUGAAGAUUCCAAUAGAGAGGUCAAAGUAAAUCUUGUGGAAGAUUUGUUGACGCCCAAAAUAGAGCCACCAGAUGAGGUAGAAACGAGCGAUUAUCCUUGCUGCCAUUGCCCUGAAAAGUUUGAGAACAAGAAAAUCCUUCUGGGGCAUCUUAAGAGGAUUCACAACAAGUGCCUCUACUGCCCGGUUCUCUCUCCGACGAGACUUAAACUCCAGCUGCAUAUGGUCUACAACCACAGGGGCCUUCCUAUGGAUAUUUCAGCAUUUCCCUUUACUUGCACAAUUUGCAAGCAAAUCUUUGAAGAUCCAGAAACACUGAGGGAACACAAUGAUGAACACAACGGGAUAAAGCUUCUAGAAAAAGCUCAAAAGGAUCUCAAGGUACCAAAAUCUCCGGGAAUGCAGAUGACAAGAAUCUCCCGGAAAUCCUAUCAAUGUGAAUUCUGUAACCGGACAUUCUAUGAUAAAAAAAAUUUUGAAUCGCAUAUCCAGAGAAUUCAUAUAAAGAAAACUCUAGACUACCCUUGUCCAAAUUGUGGAGAGAUUUCGUGCAAUAAGACAGUUUGUUUGAAGUACAUGCUUGAUUAUCACAGAGAUCUCGAUGUUCCCUCCACCACUAAUCUCCCACCUAAGAGAUGCAAGAAGAGUUUGAAGUAUAAAAUCCACGAGAAUAUAUUUUCAAACACUUCUAAAGUGUCUGGUGGGAAUAGUCCAGAGCUACAAGUAGCAGACUUUUCUUGCUUCACGUGCUCAAUUCCCUUUAAUUCGAAGAUAAAUCUUCUGGGACAUCUGCUACGGAUUCACAAUAAAUGUCUGUACUGUACCUUGAAGUUCUCCAACACUCAUCGCCUUAAAUCUCACAUGGUGUUCCAACAUAAAGGCCUCCCAAUGGAUAUUGCAGCAUUCCCUUUUGCUUGUACCAUGUGCAAGGAGCUAUUUGAUGAUCCGGAAAUGCUGAAGCAACAUUUUCAGAAGCAUAAACCCGAAACCCAACUCACUUGUGAGAUUUGCAACCAAAGAUUCCGAAGGAAAGCAAAUAUGGUGAUUCAUAUGCAGAAGCGGCACGGAAUCUCUGAAACCUACGAAACGGAGUCUUCAAAUAUUCCUCAAAAUUCUUUUGUGGACUACGCGUGUCCGUAUUGCGGGAAGGUCCUGCAAAAUAGAUUAACUUGCUACAAUCACAUGACUUUGCACGAGAAGGAACCCUCCAGCUGUUUUAUUUGCAAGAAAACUUUCAAAACGGAGAAAAGUCUCUUGGGGCAUAUGGAAAAAUGCCAUGUUUUCCACUACACGUGCGAAGUGUGUCCCUGGUCAUCCACAGAUACUGAGGAAUAUCUCAAGCACAUGCAUCUAUCUGAACACAUUAUUGUUCCACAAGAUGAGAAGAAAUCUUCUCCCGGAAGCGUAAAUCUGAACCCGUCAAUUGCUGCCAUUAAAAGUGAAAUAAAAACAGAGAUUAAAACGGAAAUCAAGAUGGAGAUUGAAGAGAUAGAAAAAUAAAUUAUAAAUGUUUGAAUUUUCAGACUUUUGGUAUUCAUAAAAAUAUAGUAAAUAAAUUGAAUAACAGAGGCAAA